GGACACUGCACAGAGCGAGGCAGCCACCGCAGAGUGUGUGCGUACGUGAAGGUUUGCGUUCCUCGUCCUGCCCCAGGGGUGAGGGAGCAGGAGAGCUUGCUUCCACAGCAGGCAGUUGCCUUUUCUCUUGAGCUCAUACCUCUGGGUCUGAAACAGGUUAGGGUGAAGAGAGGUGCCCCAAAGACCCUCCUCCCGAUGCUGGGGAAAUGCAUGCUUCAUAUUUCAGAUUUGUGUGUGUGUGUGUUCUUUCCAUCCCAACAGCCUUUGAUAUGGAGUUUACUGGCUUGCAUUCAAGUUGCCCAGAAAAUAACGAGCCCAGGUAAAGCUGUUGGACUUGAAAUGUGAGGGAGGCUUGCUGCUCUAGCUGUGUGAGAACAACCUGUGCGCUGCAAACCGUGUUUCUACUCCUCCCAAUUCUGGUUUUGUUCAUAGCCUGUUUGAUUCCCCCGUGGAGCGGUACCUGAAGGCCAGGCAGAGCGUUCAGCGCUUCACAGUUACUCAGCUCGGUAUGUGGUGCAUUCAUACAACUUCUAUCUCUUUCCUGCAACAUUGGGAGUUAUGGAUGUUGAAUUUACCCUCUCUGCAUCUAGCAUUCAGUUCCUGUCUCAUUAUGGCUUUGACUAUAAUAAGUUCCUCAAAGAUGGAAUCCCAUACAUGAAUGAGGAGCAGGAGAAGAUCUUUAGCCAGCAUCUCUUAGCAGGUAGCUGGAAAGUCAGCAGUGACCUAGACAGGGAUGUGCUGAAGAAGGCUAUUGAUGAAGUGACCUGUUGGAUAGCUGCAGCAGAGGAAGAUGACACUAUGGUUCUGCAUGAUCUGAGUGGCUAUCAGAUGUUUGAAGUUCAGCUGGUUUUGAGACAGGCUCUCCAAAAUGUUUGGACACAGCCUCUUGGAGACAAGAAGGUAAUGGUGAAAAAAGUGAGUUUCCAGCAUCGCCAGCUUCUGGAGAACUCUCCUCAUGACUGCUGCCAGAAGGAGCUCAUUCUCCUGUCUGCCCGGGGCUUCACCAACCUCUUCCAGACACUUGUUAAAGCCAAGAAGCCCCUGGUGGGACACAACAUGCUUAUGGACCUUAUGCAUCUUCACGACAAGUUCUACAAGCCCCUUCCAGAAAGCUAUGAAGAGUUUAAAAGGAAUAUUCACAUUCUGUUUCCUGUCCUCAUAGACACCAAGACUAUAACAAAAUCUAUCUGGAAGAAAUAUCCGUUUCCUCGAGUAUCUAAUCUUUUGGAGGUGUAUGAGGUGCUGUGCAGCAGAAACCUAAAUCCAACAGAUCCAGCAUCCCCAGUGAUCACUCUUGCAAGUGACUGCUCAAGAUAUGCUGAGAAGAAAUCUCCUCACGAGGCAGGCUAUGAUGCAUUUCUCUGUGGUUCAGUUCUUCUGAAGUCAGCUCAUUUGCUACUAUGCAGAUCCACAGAUGAUGCAGUGGAGGCUGAUCCUUCUUUCUCUCAGUAUCUCACCGUGUUAGCUGAGUAUCUGAACAAAGUGAAUUUCAUCCGAGGAAGUGUUUCAAGCAUUAAUUUUUCUGGAGAAGAUGCUUCGUGCCAACAUCUCCCUCUUCUGGUUGUCCAUGUCCAAGGCUGGCCAGGGCUGAAUGAAAGGCAGAUCUACCAAGAGUUUAAUGCUUUUUGUUGCUUUGAUGUCAGACGGCUUUCAAAGAACCAGUUCCUUCUGCUCUCCAAUAAAUUUAAGGACAUCAGGCAUGUUCUGAGAGAUUAUAAGGAUCACCCUCACCUGCGGGUUUCUGUCUAUCGCCACUGGAAGCACUCUCCGAGCGUGAACUGCCUGCUGCAAGUCUCUGGCAUUGUGGUGCUGUGGUCUGUCUUGGCCUUUGUACUCGGAGGAGCUCCUUGCUCUUAGUUCUGAAGGAUUGCCUUACAGAUGAGAUGUCAGGAACACAGGUUUUAUUUUUUGUGUUUCUCUGUUUUGUUUAAUUUAAUUCAAUAAACUAUGAGGAAAAAAAAAAAAAA